AUGCUCCCUAUUGCCGUGCCAUCUGCGCCUGUCAGCCUACUUAUGCCACUUACAACGCUCACACCGUCUAGGCCCCUGUGCCAGCAACAUCAGAACAUACAUGAAGCCAAGCCUGACGCCUCGCAGGGCAUUAAGUCUAGACCCUGUCUCAGCUCCCAGGCACCGGGCCUCUGCACAGGGCACUGUCAGCAAAAGGGGACCCAUCAACAAGGGGGAGGCAACAAUAUCCUUGUCCGAGGAAUUGGGGUAGAGGCCAGCACAGCGACCAGCGGUGUCAACACCGACUUUGACCGCUUAGCCUGCGCAAAAUCAGGUUCAGAACCUUGA